ACUGUCCCACUUUAGAGUAAUUCACGGUACCUGUGCUCUGGGUUUGGCCAUCGAUCGAUCUUUGUUUGCUGAUUCGCUGUGUGCUCGAGUAAUCCGGGCGCGUUCACGUGCGCCGAGAGCGCUGAAAAGACGCGCGCGCAGCUCGCGCUCCGUUACUCCGGUGAACUCAUGGCAGCGGAAGGACAGAGAGUGGUGCUGAUCACCGGCUGCUCGUCCGGUAUCGGGCUCGCGAUCGCCGUGAUGCUCGCGAGAGACGAGAGGAAGCGCUACUACGUCCUAGCUACCAUGCGGGAUCUGAAGCGGAAGGAUAAGUUGGUUGAAGCAGCAGGAGAUGCGUACGGUAAAACUCUGUCUCUGCUCACACUGGACGUCUGCAGCGAUGAGUCUGUCAAACAGUGUGUGAACAGCAUCAAAGAUCGACAUAUAGACAUACUGAUUAAUAACGCUGGCGUGGGUCUGGUGGGGCCGGUCGAGGCUAUCAGUCUGGACAACAUGAAGCAGGUGUUUGAGACCAAUUUCUUCGGGGUUGUGCGCAUGAUUAAAGAGGUGAUGCCCGACAUGAAGAGGAGACGCUCUGGACACAUCAUGGUCAUCAGCAGCGUGCUGGGCCUGCAUGGUGAGACGCUCACACACACACACACACACACACACACACACACGUCUGGAAACACCACACAAAUCAGACUCAUGUUGCUCUUCACAGGUGUGGCCUUCAAUGACGUUUACUCCGCGUCAAAGUUCGCCACAGAGGGACUGUGUGAGGCACUCGCCAUCCAGCUGCUCCAGUUUAACGUCAAGGUGUCAAUGAUCGAGCCCGGGCCCGUAAACACUGAGUUUGAGCUGAAGCUGAUGACAGAAGUCUCUAAGAAAGAGUUUGCCGGUGCUGAUCCGGAGACGCUCCAUCACUUCAGGACCUGCUACCUGCCCACACAAGUCAACCUCUUCAAAGGUCUGGGACAAACACCUGAAGACAUCGCCAAGGUCACUAAGAAGGUGAUCGAGUCACCGCGGCCUCCUUUCCGUAACCUGACGAAUCCUCUGUACACUCCCAUCGUGGCACUGAAGUACGCGGACGAGACACGCAGCCUGUCUGUUCACACCUUCUAUCACAUGCUGUAUAACCUGGGAGGAGUCAUGCAUGUUAGUGUGAGAAUCAUGAAGUUCCUGAGCUUUGGAUGGUUACGGAGACGAGCCAUCUCACCUACCUAACACCUACCCACACACACACACACACACACACACCCCACACACACACACACACACACACACCUCUGGAUGCUGCCGCAGGGCAGGGAGAAGGCAUGACACAGACAGACGUUGAAAUGCCCAGAGUUGACAAUAGUGGAGGAGGAGUGGGGCAGGGAGAGUGGCUGUGGCGUCUUCAUGGAUGCUCCCUGUGAUUUUAUGAGUGCAGGUGGAUUCGGGGAAUAGUUCACUACUUUGUGUGGUGGUGGUGAGAGUGUCGUUGGCUUGGCCUGGUCCUCAGUUGCUUCACACAUUAGACAGGUCAGUACACAUUGGAUCCUCUCGCUCUAACUGAGGCUUGCUGUGGCCUUUAGAUCUCUCUCCUCCUGAUGAACUGGAUGGGGCAGCUGUCUCCAAUCAGUGCAGCCAUAAUUGCUGUUGUCAGGGGUGAUGCUAAUUGAAUGAUGGGCACAAUGUUUCGACCAACCUAAAAUAUACUUACAAACACACCCACACACACUCUCUCUUGCUCUAUUUUCAAACCCAUGCACACUACAAACAAAUCUCUAUUUCUAUCUUUGAACAGAUUUAAUUAUUGAUACAUAAAUAUUCUGUUAAUAUAGUGGAUAUUAUU